GUGCGACUGAACGUCUACGACCUGCACCAGGCCAACGCCUUCGUCGAAGCCAUGGGUUUUGGAUUGUACCACAGCGGCGUCGAGAUCGACGGCCGCGAGUACGUGUUCGGCAGCGGCCAGGGCAUCGGCGACGUGCCGCCGCGGACGGCGCCGAACGCCGUGUUCCGCGCGUCCAUCGACAUGGGCAGCUACGACGGCGGCGCGCGGGGCGUCGCGCGCGCGAUCGACGACCUCCGCGCGUCGUUCCCGAACGGCGGCUACGACCUCGUCGGCAAGAACUGCAACCACUUCGCCGACGCGCUCGUCUUCGCGCUCCUGAAAAAGCACAUCCCCGCCUGGGUGAACCGCGCGGCGCUGCUGGGCUCCUGCGUCGCCUGCCUCGUGCCGCGCGACCGCGACCCGACGGCCAUCGAGCAC